AUGGAAUGGGAAUCCAAGCAGCUUGGCCUUCUCCCCGAAGACGGUUCUCUAAUUCAACAACAAACCCCACAUUCACACAAGUCACCUUACCAUCAGCCUCGCAUUUCGCCUGCAACUGCAAAGGGGAUUAAUGUCCGUAAUGAUCCAGCUUCAGUGAAACUGAAUAGCUUGUCUCAUCAAGACAUGACCAACAAGGAGAAUAUUACUACAAACAAACUUGAAGGACCAAAGUUGAGUAUGGAGCCAAUGCAGAUGAAGAAAAAGAAAAAGGGUGGAGGAUACAAUUUGCGCAAAAGCUUAGCUUGGAAUCAAGCAUUUUUCACUGAAGAUGGUGUCUUGGAUCCCAUUGAGUUAUCCAUGAUUACUGGGACGCUUGGAAAUUCUUCCAGAGAGGCGCUUUGUGCUAUUACUGAAGAAGCAACCACCUCUCUUUCUAAUGAUAUUCAGUUCAACCGUGAUUCUGCUAACCCAUGUACACCUGAGAAGAAUUUAUUUAAAGCAUCACCGGCUGCUUGUUCCGGUAAAGAUCGAGGGACAGUUUGUUUGUCUCUGAAGCAUACUUCACCAGCUCACAUUCAUCAGGCUUCAACUUCUGUGGCCUCUCAUAAAGUCCUUUCAACUCAUGGGGCUAGAAAAACGGCAGCCAGAGCUAGUAGCUCUCCGAGAUCCUUGCCUCUGUCAACAUCAUAUCCUGUAAAUAGUUUUAAAUAG